GGGAUGACAACAAAUAUGGCGGAGAGGAGCAGGACGGCAGAGACGGCAACAUCAUGUUUGUAUUCCUGGAUCAGAAACCACAAGAAAUAACUAAGUCUUAUCUUCCCAUGUUGAAAUAUUCAUUGUUAUUUGUAACUUUCAGAUGAGGAAACUGACGUACAGAGAAAUUAAAGGUAGUGCCAUAGGAAGUGAUGAUAUCAUAGCAGGGAAUGUGAGCAAGUACACUGUUCUGCCAGCUGGUUAUUGUGGACAGCCUAGAAAAGGACAUCUUAUAUUUGAUGCCUGUUUUGAAAGUGGUAACCUUGGACGGGUGGACCACAUCACAGAGUUCGAGUAUGACCUGUUCAUUAGACCAGAUACGUGUAACCCACGCUUUCGAGUUUGGUUCAACUUCACUGUUGAAAAUGUAAAAGAAUCACAGAGAGUAAUUUUCAAUGUUGUAAACUUCAGUAAAACAAAAAGCCUCUAUAGAGAUGGGAUGGCUCCAAUGGUGAAAUCCACAAGCAGACCAAAAUGGCAAAGAAUACCCUCUAAAAAUGUGUAUUACUAUCGCUGCCCAGACCACAGGAAGAACUAUGUCAUGUCAUUUGCUUUUUGCUUUGACCGAGAGGAUGACACUUAUCAAUUUGCUUACUGCUACCCCUACACUUAUACUCGCCUUCAGCACUAUCUUGACAACCUACAAAGGAGGAACAUGGACUACUUUUGCAGAGAAUCGCUAGGACUCAGUGUGCGAACUUGCGUCCAGGGGCUGAACAGAAAGUGGUGUUCAUCACUGCACGGGUCCACCCUGGAGAAACACCAUCUUCCUUUGUGUGCCAAGGUAUAAUUGAUUUCCUCGUGAGCCAGCAUCCUAUUGCAAAGGUACUGAGAGACCACCUGGUCUUCAAGAUUGCACCCAUGCUCAAUCCUGAUGGAGUAUACCUAGGAAAUUACAGAAGAUUAACCUGGAGUUCUAUAUUGACAUCCAUGCCCACUCCACCAUGAUGAAUGGCUUCAUGUA